AACGGACAUGAAUGGGUUAAUAGUAAACAUUCAGAGGAUGACUUUAAAAAAACGGCUUGGGGGCUUGGCAGAGAUUCCAUUCAGUAUACAAACAAUUGCACAAGGGUCAGUCAUUCAGUAUUCCACAGCCUCUCCACCUUAAAUUGAGACCUCUGAGAAGCUGGUAUGCAGACCUUUGUGCUGUUGGUUGUGUGGGUACUGGGGACAUCACUGGUGUUACCAGACCCGGACACAGCAGGAGACAAGGCGACAGAAGAACCCAUUCCCUGUUCUAAAGGGUGCACCUGUCUGCACGAUGACUACAGCUCGGAACUCAACAUGUACUGCAGUGCUCGUAACUUCACACAAGUGCCCACGGACAUGCCGACAUCCACCCAUUCCCUCUGGCUGGAUGGCAACCUUUUCACCUCCCUCCCCGCAGUAUCCUUUAGGGAUCUUAGUAAUCUGGAUUUUUUGAACCUGCAAAGCGGCCAACUCAUGACCAUCGAUGCUCAGGCUUUCAAAGGCCUUCGGUCACUCGCGCACAUCCAUCUUGAGCGAAAUCAUCUCCGGGGGUUACCAGGUGCAAUCUUCCAGAAUACACCUAACCUUGCCUCACUUAGUCUGCAUAACAACCAGCUCAGCCGCAUUGAAGAAAGACUGUUUGCAGGACUCUCCCAUAUGUGGCUUCUGAACCUCGGGUGGAACUCGCUAACAGUCUUGCCGGAAAUGGCUUUCCAUGACCUGCAAGGUCUACGAGAGCUCAUCCUCGCCGGGAACAGACUUGCCUACUUGCAGCCACAGCUCUUCCAAAAUCUUGUCGAGCUUAAAGAGUUGGAUCUGACUGGAAAUUCCCUCAAGAACAUCAAAGCUAACGUGUUUGUUAAGCUCACAAAGCUGCAAAAGCUUUAUUUGGCCCAGAAUCAGAUUGUGACAGUGGUACCAAGAGCUUUUGUAGGCAUGAAGUCACUCAGAUGGCUGGAUCUGACGAACAACAAGCUGACUUCUCUGCAUGAGGACACGUUCUUGGGUUUGCUCAGUCUUCAUGUACUGCGUCUUUCCAACAACUCCAUCACUGGAAUUCGACCCCGGACUUUCCGUGAUCUUCAAUACUUGGAAGAACUGCGACUCAGUCACAACAAGAUUCAAGCUCUGGGGGACAGAAUCUUCGAAGGGCUCGGUCAUCUGGAGGUCCUCGAGCUGGAACACAAUCAAGUGCAGGAGGCACAAGUGGGCAGCUUCACGGGCCUCUCUCAUGUAGCUGUCAUCAACCUGUCUGGAAGCUGCUUCCACAGUCUGCCGGACAAAGUGUUCAAAGGUCUGUCCAAGCUGCACAGCCUGCAUUUGGACAGAGGUUGCCUAACAAGGAUCACAGCCCAAGCUUUUACUGGACUCUCUGGUUUGCGGAGGCUUUUCUUGCAACACAACAAUAUCUCUGUGGUGGAAUACCAAAGCUUUGCAGACCAGGUAGGCCUGCUGGGACUGGACUUGAGUUUCAACAAACUGGAGGUUCUCACGACCAACACAUUCUCUGGUCUCAAGAAUUUGGAGUACUUGCUGUUGUCCAACAACGACUGCCGACAGUUUUUGCAGAAUGGCACAAAGCAGCUGCUUCCAAGGCUGCGCUAUCUGGACCUCCGUGCUAACGCCAUGACCAAUCUGAUCCCUGAUUUCUCUGACAGUAUAGAAAAACUUUUGCUGUCUGGAAACAGGUGGAGAUGUGACUGCAGCAUCCUCCCGCUCAGAAACUACAGCUUGACGAACCCACUGGUGAUACCUCGACGAGUGGAAACCCACGCAGAGGGUGAAGAACCCGACACGACUAUCACCAUAUACAACAACAUCACAUGCACCAGCCCACCGCGUUUAGCUGGUCAAGACCUGCGGGACGUGGAUAGCGAAGUAUUCCAAAGCUGCUAAACAGACACAAAGUGUGGGGUACUGUUUGGUACACAAUUCAGAAACUAAAAAAAAGUGCAGCCUACUGUAUAUUAUAUUUUCAACUGUAUAAAUUCAGUCAGUUUGAUUUCAACGUUAAAAUCAUAAUAUAGACAUGUUUCAGGUUAUUUUACAUCAAUUAUUAACAGAUAUAUUGUUGACCUAUGAAUGCUUUACAGAAAAUGUAAAUAUCUGGGAAUAUGCAGAGAGAACAACCAACUCAUAUUUCUCUGCUUCAGCUCUAUGGAGUUUUCUUAAAUGUGAAUACUAUGGGAGAAGGUAAUGAGAGCUGGCAAGUUGUAAGGAACAAAAUAAAAUUCAACAGAACAAAUCCACAACAAAUACUUUGUGACAAUUUAGCUUAUGGUGAUAUUAGGAAGUCUGAUGAACUGUAAAGAUCUGAUUUUUACGUCUUUGGUGGAGCUGCUUGACAUGUAGAAGAGUCUGCUGGAGAUGUUUAAUAAAAACAGACUGAAAUGUGA